AUGUACGAGAGUGCCCGACUUGGGCGACUUGUGAACGCCGGGAUUGGCGGCAAAGCGGCGGAAUACUUCUACAGUGUCUAUCAGAACAUCGAGAAGGCCGGUAUGAACGAAGAAGUCGCCCGAUUACGCUCUCAAUUCCCGGAUUACGAAGUGUGGGUCACUGGGCAUUCACUUGGGGCGGCGUUGGCCUCCGUCUCAGCCGGCGAGCUGGUCAAGCUCAAAGGAGUUCCGUCCGCGAAGCUGAAGCUGAUUACAUUUGGGGAGCCAAGGACGGGAAAUGCGCAAUAUGCGAGGAACUUUGAGAAACUCGUUCCCUAUGCGUUCAGAGUGGUGAAUCGGAAGGACACCGUACCUCACAUGCCCCCUCAAAAUUUCCUGGGUUAUACUCAUCACAGUGCCGAGGUGUGGUAUGAAAACGGCAUGACCGAUGGAGGGUUCAAAAUUUGCCCAACUCCGGAAGACAAAGCCUGCAGUAAUAGGGUUGUAGUUGGCUACAAUUGGCAAGACCAUAUCCGAUAUUACACGAAAAUGAUCUUGGGAUAUGGGAUUGCUGGCUGUGGAGAUUUUGGAGACGUCAUCAAAAGGUUUUGGGGAUAA